AUGCUAUUUCUAAGAAGCUCCAUGGUGCUGCAAUGGAAGCUGUUAGCCAAAACUUGGAACUGGCGCGAAAAGUCACGAAAGACACCGUUGGCGGCGGCGAUGUGCCAGUCAUGUUUGACGGCACUUGGCAAAAAAGGGGCCAUAAAAGCCACAACGGAGUGGGCACAGCUGUUUCCCUGGACACAGGUCUUUGCUUGGACUUUGAAGUCCUUUCAAAUUACUGUCUUGCUUGCAGUAUCCACAAGGACAUGGGUGAUGAUGAUGAGUUAUGGCAAGCCUUUCAUCGUCCUGUAUGUGAAAAAAACACCGAAUGUUCAUCCCAUGCAAUGGAACCUGAAGCAGCAGUGCGCAUAUGGCAGAGGACUUUGUCAUAUGAGACCCCACUGCGCUUCACAAGCUUCUUGAGUAAUGGGGACAGCAAAGCCUUUACUGCCGUCUGUGGGGCUGAGGUGUACGGUGACACUGUCAUCGAAAAAGAAGAGUGCACCAACCACGUUGCAAAACGCCUAGGCACUGCUCUGCGAAAAAUGACAACGCCACUGCCACGAGGUGAAAAGCUAACGGUCGCAGCCAUCCAGAAACUGCAGACAUACUACCAAAUAGCCAUAACAAAUAACAAGGGCAGUGUGCGCAGCAUGUACACUGCUAUAUGGGCCUCAUAUUUUCAUUGUUGCUCCAGUGAUGGGGCCAGCAGCCACAAAUUUUGCCCUGCUGAACCAGAUUCCUGGUGCAAACAUAGGCGUGCUGAAGCACUGGGGGAGCCUACACCACGCCACACCCCCUUGUUGACAAAAGCUCAGGGCUUGGCAAUUAUGCCUAUAUAUAAGCGCCUUACUGAUGAGAAGCUCCUGGCUCGGUGCCUUCAUGGCAAGACGCAAAACGCAGCAGAGUCACUCAACAGCAAGAUAUGGCUGCUGUGUCCAAAAACAAAAUUUGCUUCCCGGACAUCUGUGGAGACAGCCACGGCUAUUGCCGUGCUGUGGUACAAUAAAGGCCAUGCGGGCUUUGAAGAAGUCCUACAAGAGAUUGGAGUACUUCCCCCAGAAGAGUUGGUCACACAUAGCGACCAUUCUGAUGACAUGCGCGUAAAGAAAAUGAACUUGAAGCAAACCGCAGAAGCAAGGGCGCACCGUCGUAGCGCAGUGAAAAGGGCUCGCACCGAGGAGACCAACCGUAGGAGCCGGGAAGGGCCAAGCUACAGUGCAGGAGCAUUCUAGAAACUUUUGUGUGCUUUCUGUGAAGCUGCUCUUGAGUGUGACAAAGAUUAAUGCAAAAACAACUGGAUUUUGAAGAAUAAAAGGUUUUGAA